AUGAGCAUACGAUAUCUGAUCAUCGCUCGGGCCUCACUUAUCCUCCCUCAUCGUCGCUCCUGGUUUAUCAAGCGCGCAGUUGGUCAGGAGACGGGCAGGAAAGCUGUCUUCUUGAAUGCAGAAUUGCCGUCCAGAUCACGUACUGUGGCGAGGCCUGUGGUUGCUAGGGCUCCGAGUGGGGCGGAGGUGGCCGCAGUGGGAGCAAACAAGAACGAGCAGCAUCCGUUCCCCGUGAUGGUGUACAUCCACGGCGAGUCCUACGAGUGGAACAGCGGGAACCCCUACGACGGAUCCGUCCUCGCUUCCAGCGGCCGCGUCGUUGUCGUCACCGUCAACUACAGAUUGGGAGUUCUAGGUUUCCUUAACACGAACGAAAGUCCUCACCAGCGCUCCAUCACCAACUACGGCCUCAUGGACCAGAUAGCGGCGCUGCACUGGCUCAAGGAGAACAUCGCCGAGUUCGGGGGCGAUCCGGACAACGUGACGAUGUUCGGCCACGGCACCGGCGCGGCUUGCAUUAACUUCCUCAUGACUUCGAAAGCUGUUCCCAAAAAUCCUAAAUUGUUCCAUCGUGCCAUAUUGAUGAGCGGGUCGUCGUUGGCACCCUGGGCACUCGUCAACGACCCAUUCAAGAACACGCGACGCAUCGCUCAGGCACUCAACUGCUCGGACGUGCCGCUUGGAGACGAGCUUAAGAAAUGCCUGAGAGUGAAGAACUUGCACCAGAUCAUGCAGGCACAGUCUGAGAUUCCCGACUACUACUUCGCGUUCGGGCCGACCGUCGACGGGGUGGUGAUCGACACCGACUACGACACGGACCGCCAGUCGUACAUCGGGCGCCUGUCGAGUUACGCCCUCAUCUUCGGCGUCACGCCCUCCGACGCCUUCUUCAUCUUCAACGACGACGACGUCAAAUUUGGUCUUGAGACGGACAAGAGAAACAAAAUUCUAAGGUCGUUCAUCCGGAACACGUACAACUACCACCUGACGGAGAUCAUGGCGACAGUCAUCAACGAAUACACGGACUGGGAGCGGCCCGUGCGGCACCCGAUCAGCACGCGCGACGAGACCCUGGCACUGCUCUCCGACGCCCUCUACUCGGCGCCCGUGCUCAACACCGGCAGCCUGCACGCUCUCUCCUCGCCGCACACCUUCCUCUACGUCUUCGACCACCAGACCAGGAACGGCGACUUUCAGCAUCGGGUCGGCUGCGUCCACGGCGAGGAGCUGGCCUACCUGUGGGGGGCGCCCCUGGUGGAGUCGCUCUCCUACUUCCCCAGCAACUACACUCAGAGCGAGGUCAAGCUGUCGGAAACCAUGCUCAGCUACUGGACCAACUUCGCCAGAACAGGGAAUCCGAACGAGCCAACGAAUCAGAUACAGGACCGGAGCGGCGAGAAGAACCGGUACAGGCUGAUGGAGUGGCCGGUCUACGAUGGGAUGCACCGGAAGUACCUCGACAUCGGCUUGAAAUCUCGGGUUCGCGACCACUACCGCUCCCACCAGCUGAGUUUCUGGCUUCAGCUGGUGCCGCAGCUGCACCGGGCCGGGAAGGAUGCCCCCGAAGACCACCAUCACCUUGAAAACCAUAACGACUGGAACUCCUACAGAGGAUUCGUCAGAUCCGAGCCCGUUACCAGAGUAAUUCUGCCUCCCGACACCACGACGGUGGCGACCACGACGCGCCAGUACAACGUGAGUGCGGUGCUGCAGCCGACGGCCUCGGGCUCCGACGCUAACAAGACGGGGAAGCAGAGCCACCCGUCCCUGAGCGACGGCUUCGCCGCCUACUCCACGGCGCUGUCGGUCACCAUCGCCAUCGGCUGCUCGCUGCUCAUCCUCAACGUUCUGAUCUUCGCUGGCGUAUACUAUCAGCGCGACAAGUCCCGGAUGGAGGCCAAGAAGGUGGCCGAGAAUGGCGGCCUCCUGGCCCCCGCCCACAGCAUCAGUGGAGACGUGCACACCCCGCCCACACCCAGCCUAGCCGUCAAGGCGGAGGUGGCCGCACGCAUGUCGGCGGCGGGGAUGAAGGCGCCCCCGUCGACGCCCAUGGCCCAGGCCACCCACCUCCCGCCACCGGAGUUUGCCGAUUACCCGAGCCAGGUAGCCCACUACGGCACGGCCCAGGGCGUGUCCCACCUGCACACUCUGCCCCGGGGCACGAGCAAGCACGUGACCUGCGAGGCGCAGAGCAUGCAGGGUGGGCAGGGCAGCCUGACCCUGAGUGUGCCGCGGGCCCCGCCUCCGCCGCGCGUCCCCUGCCACACCUCGGAGGCGCAGCCACUCCUCAAGCAGACCUCCUUCACACUCACCUCCCCCAGCACCAACACCUCCAAAAGCCCCUCCAAAGACUCCAACAUAGGAGAGCUGCGGGUAUAG